AUGGCUGGUGCUCUGGCGAGAGUAAUUCAGGGAACAAAGUCUCAUUUAGGCAUUGUUGGCCCGUUGGCGAACAUCAACAAUGUGCCGAAACGCUUCCAAAACACCGAGGCUCCUCCAGCAAAGUCGCAGUACGGUCCUUUGUCCGAUUGUGACAGGAUUUUCACCAACUUGUAUGGCAGACAUGACUGGCGGUUGUCGGGAGCUCUCAAGAGAGGCGAUUGGUACAAGACUAAGGAAAUUCUUAACAUGGGUUCAGACUGGAUUAUCGGUGAACUGAAAACUUCAGGUCUCCGUGGUCGCGGUGGAGCUGGUUUCCCUACAGGAAUGAAAUGGUCCUUCAUGAACAAGCCGUCCGAUGGUCGUCCGAAAUACCUUGUAGUAAAUGCUGAUGAGGGAGAGCCAGGUACUUGUAAGGACCGUGAAAUCAUGAGACAUGAUCCUCAUAAGCUCGUUGAGGGAUGUCUUAUCGCUGGACGAGCGAUUGGAGCUCGCGCAGCUUAUAUCUAUAUCAGAGGAGAGUUCUAUAAUGAAGCUAGCAACUUGCAAGUUGCAAUUGCAGAGGCAUAUCAAGCUGGUCUGCUCGGAAAAAAUGCAUGCUCGUCCGGCUAUGAUUUUGAUGUGUUCGUACAUCGCGGUGCAGGUGCUUACAUUUGUGGUGAAGAAACCGCCCUCAUCGAAUCUAUCGAGGGUAAGCAGGGCAAACCACGACUAAAGCCUCCAUUCCCAGCUGAUAUUGGACUUUUUGGAUGUCCAACUACCGUCAAUAAUGUGGAGACUAUCGCCUGUUCACCGACCAUAGUUCGUCGCGGUGGCAGUUGGUUCGCUUCAUUCGGCCGUACCCGUAACUCUGGCACCAAAUUGUUCAACAUCUCUGGACACGUGAACACACCUUGUACAGUUGAGGAAGAGAUGAGCAUACCGCUCAAGUAUCUCAUUGAGCGCCACGCUGGAGGAGUCAUAGGAGGCUGGGAAAACCUACUUGCUAUUAUACCUGGAGGGUCUUCCACACCACUGAUGCCUAAACAUGUGUGCGAGACAGCUAUAAUGGACUUCGACGGUCUGGUCGCAUGUCAGUCGUCGCUGGGUACAGCGGCUAUCAUCGUGAUGGACAAAUCGACAGACAUCGUGAAAGCUAUCGCUCGCCUCAUUAUGUUUUACAAACACGAGUCGUGCGGACAGUGCACGCCUUGCCGCGAAGGUGUGUCGUGGAUGAACAAGAUUAUGUACAGAUUUGUAGAAGGAAAUGCGUCUGUUAAAGAAAUAGAUAUGUUGUGGGAAAUUUCCAAACAAAUUGAAGGGCACACAAUCUGCGCGCUGGGCGACGGCGCGGCGUGGCCGGUGCAGGGGCUCAUCCGCCACUUCCGGCCCGAGCUGGAGCGCCGCAUGCAGGCCUACGCCUGCGCCUACGGGCCCAGCCGCGCCGAGCGCCUCUACUAG